UAGUUAUAUCUACGCCUAUAUAUGGUAAACAAACCCUAACGAAAACUAAAAGAAAAACAAAAGAAGCGAGGACAACAUGAAGCUGCUAGGUUGGAUGCGAACUAUAAACCUAAGUUGCUUUGAUCCAUCAAAGGAGUUCAAAGGUGGUUUCUGUUGUCUAAGAGCUCACGUUACCUCUGAAGUCCGAGACAUCCGAACAAACUCCUUCUCCUUCUCCAGAUCAUCUCAUGACCCCAAUCCACCGAAAACUGAUGAGGAACUUUGGUUUGAUGAAGGCAGGUUCAGCGGCUUUCUGGCGAUCGGUACGUUUGGUAGAGAUCCUGAAACACCAAAAUUCACAUCUUCCAUUGCUGAAGAUGAUGUAACCGUGGCAAAGCUCGUUACUGAGAAACUAGACAAGUUUCUUGAGGAAUAUUCUGAUGAGGAUAGUAGCAGUAAGCAGGUAGAAGUAUCGAAGGCAGAAUAUGGUCUCUUUGGAUCAUCCACUGAGCUUACGAAGAGAGGCAAUGAAGUAAAGCAGAUGAAGGGUUUACUUAAAAACCUCUUCAAGAGAAGAAAGGCAGUAGAAGGAGAGUGUUGUAACUCAAUGGAGAAACAAGGGACCAGAGAUUUGAUUAAAAGGAUAUUUAAAAUGCUCCACGUCUCUCCUUCAAAGACGAGAAAUGAUGAUGACUACGAUGACGAUGAUUAUUCCAUGCACAAGAAGAAAGAUAUAAGAAAGAGUGGUCAAAUCUUCCAAAGUAAAGUCCAUCCUGUUAUGUGUACACCUGAAAAAGACGAUAACAAGAUAGACGGCAGAAGAAGCUGCAAACUCAAGAUCCCGAGUCUUAAUGGAGGGUUUCUCGUUCCAAGUUCCAUCUCCAAAGUGAACAGGAAAAGAGAAAAUUGGAUCAGGACUGACGCAGAGUAUCAUGUUCUGGAACUGUGAAGAUCAACACACUGCAACAAAACUCCAUUGAUCCAGCCAAAGUUCACUCCUAUCAAACAUAUAUAUAUAUAUCUAUACAUAUCUACAAAAUCAUUGUCUAGUAAUGUGUAGUGAGAUUGUACGAGUUUUCAGGUCCAGAACUUCCUAGUUAUUCAGAAAAAAAAACACAUAUGUAUAAUUAUACACACAUAUCUACAAAAUCAUUGUCUCAAAUGUGU